AUGAACGAAACUCGGUUGCGACCACCCGGUCUGUCAGACCGCUCCAUCACUCCGCAGACGUCUGUGGAGGAACUGCAGGAUGAACUCAGGAACAGUAUUCUGCCUGGGUUUCCACUUCCAGAUAGCGUCGCCUUGCAGAUGGUAUCACACGAGAGCUGGGAUUAUGGCAAAAGUCUGGGAGGUCACAAUCGGAGGUUGAGCUUCCUGGGCCGAAGAGCACUGAAAGCGUUCCUUAUGAUGUUUUUCCACUGUGCCCUUGCCUCACCACCAGCGUCCAGCUCUUCCACAACAGCUUCGCAACGUACAAAAGCGAAUGAACUCGUAUUCGCAGCUGAUGCUCGUGUCAUCGAUGAGCUGCUACACACCUCAGCACUAGGCCAGGGAGCUGGCUCGUCUCUGCGACUAGAGCGGGUGAUGCGGUGGACACCGGCUCUACUUCCCCCUUCCUCUUCGACCCAGGGACCACAGUCGAAUCAGGCCCGAGAGUCUGGUCUCUUCAAGAUCCGUGGCAUCUGCCUCGAGGCAAUCGUCGGGGCAAUCUAUCAUCAGCAUGGGGCACACAUGGCGCAACUCUUCUUCCAAAGCCAAAUUCUUCCUGUGCUACAAUCGAAGAAUGGCGACUGGCCGAGAGAUGUACCAAGCUUCGUUAGGGAGGAGGCGCUAAAGGCAGCUGACAGAGCGACCUCGACAUUGAACGAUAUCAUUGCAAAGAGGGAUAGGGCCAAUGCGAGCAGUAGCAUUGGGAAAACUCAACAUGUCAAAGAUUAUGCUGAAGAUGCAGGCUCUUCGCAAAGGGUGGCAUCAGCAACAAUGAAGGGGCGAGCGGCGAACAUUGCUGGCCCAGACAGCACAUCGACUUCUGCUUCAGCCUCCGCGGUGUCAUCGUCUCUCUCUUCCCAGCAUAUUUACCCGUCCAAUCCAUCUUUCGCGCAGGCUUCGGCCGGGCGCUCGGAGCGUGCAGCUGCUCGCAGGUAG